UCAUUCGUCUAUGCAGUGGUCCUGAGUCCAUACGGACUGAGCGGCACACUAACAGGUCAGGCCUACAAGAUGAGCGACCCAGCAGUACGGAAGCUGAUGGAGGAGUGGAGCUACUUUUACCCGAUGGUACUUCAGCAGAAAGAGGGAAGUGGAGAGAAGGAAAAUGAAGAAGCAAGCCAAGCCUAUGAUCGCAACUGUCACGUGGCGGUGGAGGUCAUCGUAGGUGGAGUAAGGAUGACCUACCCAGCUGCUUUCGUGCUGAUCGCCCAAGGGGACCUACCAGUGGAGCAGCCUCCACCUGUUCCUGCAGCUCAGGGCCUCAACAAAGAGCCGAACCACUGCAGUGUGCCGCUGACACCGCCGACGUCACCGGAGCAGCCCUGCUCUGCUGACAGUGGCUUUGUCACCUCGGUCUCCAGUGUACCCACACCGGACAGCAGCAUGGGGAUCGCCAGCAUCAGCCCAAAGCAUUCUGGGAAGAAGUUGACUUGCCAGGUGGUCCAUCAAGCCUGGAGGGAGUGCUAUCUGAACCAGCCUCAGCAUUUACCGAAUCAGCAAACUGAUGUGACGCCCAGGAAGGAAGUGCCAAAUGUAGUCACCACGUGGGACUUUAACGACCUGGGAGCGAGAGCGCCCUGCAGCUGCUCCAGGUUAAAGCAGCAGAAGCUGAAUCUGACCAACACAUCAGCUGUCAACCCCCAGACUAGUGCCAACCCCACUCAGUCUUCUGGCCCGUCAUUAUAUCCUGCCCCCCUUCCCAAACAUAAAACCAGCGAGAAGACAGAAAAGGCUGACAAGCAAUCCAAGAGGCCAGCUGUGAUUCCCUUCCACCAUCGUCUGUCGGUCACACAGGAGACCCCUCUGGAACAGGACUCGCCAGGAGGGCCCCAGCUCGGCGGCCUUGUGGCGCUGGAGCCGCCCAUGGAGCCUCUGGCCGCUCUGCCGCCCUGCAAGUAUUCCAAGCCCCUCUCCAACGGCAGAAAAGCCCCUGAGUCCCUUCUCCAUUCACCCAUGUCUCCGCUUCCACCCACUCUCAGCCCACAUCCUCGGGUACAGGACCCAGAGGUUCUGGAUGGACCAGUGGACAUGACUGUGUGUCCAGAUGGAGCCUCGGGGUUGGGGAUGAUUACCAGUGAGACGGCUGUGUAUACAGCUCUGCUAAGGCAGAGAGAAAAUGGGGCUGGCUGGUGGAGAGGCUUCAGGACUCCCAGGACUGAUAAGACUGACUUCAGACCUCCUGACCUCCCGGCUGAUAAACUAGAGGAAGUAAAGACAGAGACAACCACCGAGGGAGCUCCUCUUAAGAGACUCUACACACAGACUCACAAGAGAUUUAAGAUCUCAGAAGAGAGGAUGAGAGACCACAUCCACACUUUAGGUCUGUUCCAGCAGCCGGGUGUGGAGGCACUGCGGGAAAGUGGGGAUGAUCCCUACGACUUUAAGGAAGGAGACAUUGAGUACACUUUCUCCACUUCCAAGAGAUUAAAGGGUCAAGGGCGAGAACCCAGUAAGAAGGCCAAGGGAGAAGAAAUCACCAGUAACGGUGCACUGCCCGAUGGAAAAGACGCUAUGUCCAUUUUUAACUCGGCUCCAAAAUCAGAUGAAUCAGGUCAAGAUGAUGGAGCUGCAAAAGCCAACCCCUCUCUGACCAGAGAAAAAGAUCUGGUGGUCAACAUCUCUGAUCUCGACAACAUAUUUGAUGAAGAUGAAGAAGAGUUGGGGACUGUUUAUCCAAACCAGCACUCAACCAAGCUCCCAGUGUCAACAGAAGAUCGCCCUCUUGGGAAAGAAGGGAGAGUUGCAGUGCCGUACCCAUCGACAGUAGCAGAUCUCCAGCGGAUGUUUCCCACCCCGCCUUCUCUCGAGCAGCACCCGGCCUUCUCUCCCAUCAUGACGUACCGUGACACCCCGAGUCAAGAGCCCCCCGCGCCCAGCGGGACAGCCGACCACCUGCCGUCACUCGCCUCCAGCCAGCUCACUGAAUACAGGAUGGAGAUGGACGAGGGUAUGGUCAGUCCCAGGCAGGAUGACAUCAAGCCACAGAUAGGCUCCUCCAUGUUUGCUCCACUCUCCUGCCUACCCAGCCAGACUCUACCACCGCUCAAGAUUCCCGAACAGUGUUACUACCGCCCUUCCUGGGCCCUCAUGCCCAAAAUGGAGCAUUUCCCUGCGGUCAUGCAUCCCCAGAAUGCCGCCUUCACAAAGGAUGGAUACACAAACGUUCCCAGUGUCAACACCCUCACAGACCAGGAGUAUGGCCAGAUGAGCGCCACCACUGCCUCUGUGAGCACCACUAUUGGCAUCCUCCCAUCUCCUGCCACCCCACGCUUCUCUGUGCCCACCCCAAGGACCCCACGUACGCCACGGGGCAUUAACGCCGCAAGCUCUGGGCAAGGUUCAGUGAAGCAGGAUGGUACUGAGCUUAGCUCACCUGUCUCCACGCCCUCCACCAGCUUGCCUCUUAGCUCUGUAGAGCCCCUGGCUCGGCCAGGACCCUCCCUGCCUGAGGCCCACAGCCUGUACGCUAUCCUUCUGCUCUCAGACUCCGUCCUUAGUGUCUUCAAGGAUCGCAACUUUGACAGCUGCUGCAUCUGUGCCUGCAAUAUGAAUGUCAAAGGAGCAGAUGUGGGGGUGUACAUCCCAGACUCCACUUGUGAAGAUCAGUACCGCUGUAUGUGUGGCUUCAGCGCCAUUGUGAACAGGCGGCUGGCCCACGGCACAGGCCUCUUCGUGGAGGACGAGCUGGAUAUAUACGGUCGGACUUCUGAAGUUGGUCGAGCGGCUGAGAGGAGGUUGGCCCUUUGCCGACGAGACCCAACUAUGGGGGAUUCCAGGGCCAAGCGUCCGCAGGAUGCUGCCCCUGCCUCUCCGCCAGUCAUGGUCGUCCUGCAGGAGCAGUGCUCGCAGCCCAUUUCGUCCCUGGCAUCACUUCAUGUCCCCCUCAGCUGUUCCUGUCAUGGCCGCAAGGGGGCACUCCUCCAAAGCUGGAUGUCAGAAAAGCAGUGGGCAGACGGGAGUGAUGCCUGUGUGGAGUGUUACAACGCUUUGGAGCAGGGGCUGCAGUAUGUGGACAACCCCACAGGAGGGAAAGUAGAUCUAGCAGUUGUCAGAAGUACUGCUCUUCAUUCCUGGCCUCACACUAAUGUGGUGGACAUGAGCAUGUUGUCGUCACAGGAUAUGGUUCGUAUGCUGCUGUCUUUGCAGCCUUUCCUGCAGGAUGCCAUCCAGAAGAAGAGAACAGGACGGACCUGGGAGAACAUACAGCAUGUUCAGGGUCCUCUCACCUGGCAGCAGUUUCACAAGAUGGCUGGAAGAGGCUCCUACGGUUCGGAGGAGUCACCAGAACCCCUGCCCAUUCCUACAGUACUGCUUGGUUAUGACCGGGAGCGGGACUUCUUGGCACUGUCCCCCUUGGCGUUGCCUUUCUGGGAAAAGUUGCUGCUGGAACCUUACGGGGGGCAGCGGGACGUCGCCUACGUGGUGGUGUGCCCUAAUAGCCCCUCUCUGCUGGCUGCGGCUCGGGCCUUCUUCCAGGAGCUCAGCGCUGUUUACGAGACGUGCCGCCUCGGGAAGCAUCGCCCUCUGGCCAAGGUGUCCAGGGAUGGCCUUGUGCGCGUGGGGGAAGAAGUGGAGCCAGAAAAGCUGGAGGAGCUGGAUGUUGAUCAGUGGUUGACUGGACCCUGGGCUGGACAGCAGCACACUGAUAAUCUCAGCAAACUUAAACUUUAUGCUUACUCCUGCAAGCAGCAGCUAGGCCCCCAGCUCUCAGCUCUGCCUUUGGACAGCAGCCUCCUGUUGCCUCCCAAAGUCCAGCCUCCUGCAAACAACACGUCCUCAGCUCAGACUGCCUCCUCUGGGCAGCCUCAAACUUGGGGCCCUGAUGGAGAACAACCUUCAGGUGCUGUCAGUGCAGCUAACGCUUCAACUCCGACCGGUGCAUCGUCGGGCCAGGCAGGGGAGGCAACCCAGGGAGGAAGCAGCGAUUCUAAAGGGCCUCCUAGUUCCACACCACCAGCCAACACACCAGCAGAAAACCCAGAACUCCUGUCUGAGCAGUCCAGAAUCGGCAUCCCCACUGUGGCCGACUCCAUGGACAGCCACGCCAACCCACCAGCUAUCGUUAUUUACAUUGUGGAUGCUUUUCUGAGCUCGAGUGGAGCGAGAAAUGACGGGGGAGAGGAGGAGGAGGGUGACGAGGUAGAGUCAGGUAGCAUUUGGCUACUGGGACUUCUUCGCUGCUACACGGAGAUGCUACAGACUUUGCCUGAGACGAUGAGGCCUGCACUGGUGCUACAGGUGGUACCGUGCCAAUAUCUUCUCCAGCCAGCUAGUGGAGAGAGCCAUUUAUACCUGCAACACCUACGCUCCCUGGCUUUCUCUUGUUACUCCCAGUGCAGACGUCUGCUGCCCCAGCAAACACAUAUCAAAUCACUGACUGGCUUCGGCCCAGUCUCCACUGUCAACUCGGUACUUAAGAGUCCAGAGCAUCCCAGCCCACUGCAGCUGUACUCCCCGCCAUUUAUCCUCGGUCCAACUCGGCCCAAGCAGCCAGAACCAGGAGAGAUAUGGGCCGAGCUCCCUCCCAAAUACAAUGUUCUCUUUGUGGGAUACUGCCUGUCACAUGACCAGCGCUGGAUCCUGGUGUCCUGCACCGACCAGCAGGGAGAGCUCCUGGAGACCUGCAUCAUCAACAUUGAUGUGCCCAACAGAGCACGGCGUCCCAAGGUGUCAGCCAGGAAGAUGGGACUACAGAAGCUGUGGGAGUGGUGUAUUGGCAUCAUUCAGAUGACCUCACUGCCUUGGAGGAUUGUUAUUGGUCGAUUAGGCAGACUGGGCCAUGGGGAGCUAAAAGACUGGAGCUCACUCCUCGGGGAACACUCCCUCCAUUCAAUAGGGCGCCAGCUGAGGGAGGCUUGCCGUAUGUGUGGGAUCUCAGCUGCUGACUCUCCCACCAUCCUCAGUGCCUGCCUGGUAGCCAUGGAGCCGCAGGGCUCCUUCGUGAUCAUGCCUGAUGCAGUGACGAUGGGCUCGGUGUUUGGCCGCAGCACUGCUUUGAACCUGCAGACUUCACAGCUCAACACACCUCAGGAUGCUUCCUGUACACACAUUCUAGUCUUCCCAACGUCUGCCACUACCCAGCUGGCACCCAGCUCCUACCCUACGGAGGACAAUAACGAUGACAUGUUCGAUCUUCCCUUUCCUGAUGAACUGGAGAAUGACAUUGGCCAUGACAUGAUGCUGAUCACAGGGAACCUUCACCCCUCCCCCAACACCUCUCCUGUGCCCUCGCCCGGCUCUCCGUCCGGGAUGGGAAUGGGAUCACAUUUCCAACACAACAGGAGCCAGGGAGAGCGUUUGCUGUCCAGGGACAAUCCUCCAGAGGAGCUGAAGCAGCAGCCGCUGGCUCUGGGCUACUACGUCUCCACUGCGCAAGCAAACGGACUUCCUCACUGGUUCUGGGCCUCCUGCCCUCAGGCUGAGAGCCAGUGUCCACUCUUCCUCAAGGCCUCUCUCCACCACCACAUCUCCAUAGCACAGUCAGAUGAGAUGGUGUCAGACAAGACUAAGAGGACCCCUCACCCCUUAGACUCAAAGACCACCUCUGAUGUGCUCAGGUUUGUAUUGGAGCAGUACAAUGCCCUCUCUUGGCUGACGUGCACCCCUGCCACCCAAGACCGCCAGUCCUGCCUGCCCGUCCACCUGGCUGUGCUGAUCCAGAUGUACAAUGCCAUCCUGAACAUGCUUUAGCUGUGUGAGACUUCAAGGACAGCUCUAAGGGACCGAUGGUUCCCUUCAUUUCUUCUGUGCCUACGUCUCUUUCUGACCACCAGAGAGCACCAGAGCUCUUCUGUUGUUUCGGGUAGACAUGGAUUUAAUGGCCAAAUAAAGGACAGGGCAAGUCAGACUAUCCCAUGUCUGGAAUGUAAUGAAUAAGAAGAGCCAAAUGCUCUGAACAAUAAAGUCGGUCAACCGUGAAAACCCAGCGCAGUAUGACCCCUUCAGAACCGGUUCUGUGCCCGUUCUGGUGCUUCCGCGGAGGGAAACGGACGGAUCUGUCCGACCACGCCCGUCAAAAGAGCAUCACGGCCCACGUGGACAGCAUCUCUCAGCGGCGUUCGAAGCGUCUGUGGAUGGCAUUUAAAGCUCUGUGUGAUUCUUCUGACACUCUGAAAAGGGACAUCUGUGCCGGGCCACAUAACUCCAUACUGUACAACCAGCAAAAUGGCAUGACACGGCUUUCGAUGAUGUUUUUACAUUUUUGUAUAGAACUGCACUGUUGAGCUUCUUGGGACUUUGCAGUCGGUUGCUGAAACUUGUACCUUUACUCCGAGAGGGGCAACCGUCCUCCCUGCCACUCCAGAAGGGGGGAGCGUUUGAUAAUGGCACUUUUUUUCCUCACCUUCCAAAGUGUUGUAGAUAGGAACACGAUGGAAAGCAUUUUACCAGUUACGACAGAAGUGUUGUUUAUAAUGUAAGGCAUACAUUUACAAAGAAUUGAGACUUAUUUUUAAUAUUUAAAACGAGAAAAACGAGAAACUUAAACAAGGCCUUUUUUUUUUUUUUUCUUUCCCCCCAAUUGACUAUUAAUUGUCUUGGGAUCUGAAAUAAAAUUUGUCAUUUUAAUGCAAUUGUAAAGAUGCCAUAUUUAUACAAAUUAUAUCAUGUCAUAGAAUUUGAUAUAUAAAUAAAUAUAUAUAUGUAUAUACAUAAAUAUAUAUUACCUCUUCCAAGCAGGCACUUAAUGAUUAAGGGGGAUGGGCGCCGCCGUCUCUUCAGAAGUGGACACAGUAUGAACAUUUAUCAAAGAAGAUGCAUUUUUAGCUCCUUUUUUUAUUUUCUGAACAUUUUACCUUUUUAUUUAAUGAGUUAAAUUAAAUUGAUGCAGGAGAUACAGUAU